UUCAUGUUUCUUCCAUUGCGAACCAUCUAUCCGAAGAUGCAAUCGCCAUGUUUCCAUCUCUGCAAGUCCUUGCCUCAGCUAGGGUUUCCCUCUGCAAUCUCUAAAUACUCCAUUUCUGCAUCUUCUCCAGCAUACAGAUUUCCCUUAUUGAACCGACGCGUUAAAUUAGCGAUAACCCAAUGUCACAAGCAACAGCAGCACCGUAACCGUAGAGGUCCCAAGCAGGAAGUGAAGGUGAAGGGAAAGAAGGAAAAUGUCUGGAGUGUGGAUAACGAUAUGGCGGAGAGAGAUAAAUCGAAGGCGAAGACGAAGUUGCAGAGGAGAAAGAGAGGGAGGAGAAUGGCCAAGGGGAAAAGAAGUGGAGAAGGGAGUGUUUUGGUCUCUGGUUCUAUGUUAAUGGAAAUAGAGAAAGUGCUUCAGACUCAGGAGCCUGUAAUAAGACCAGCCUGGAAUACAUUUGCUAGCAGUGUCAGUGGUAUAUGGAAGGGUGUGGGAGCAGUUUUUUCACCAAUCACUGCUGAGAUGGAGCCAAUUGAAAUUGGACACAGAAAUGAACACCUUUACGACUGUUACACUCUUGCUCGCAUCGAGGCAGUGCCUCCCUCUUCUAGAGGGCAGACUUCGCUAAUCCAAAGGAAGAUAAAUUGGGUGACUUUGAAUCCAUAUGGAGAACUACUACAACAUAAAUAUAAAGAAGCGGAUGGUGAUGGACAUUCACUCGUAACCACAAAGGAAGUAGUUGAUCCCAAAGUUAAAAACCAUAAAUUGCGGAGUUUUGAGUCCUUUGACUUUGAAAAAAGUGACGUGAUGGAAGAAGAUGUAAUGGGAAAUGAACCCGGUCUUGUCUUUUUUGAGGAUGGAUCCUAUUCUAGGGGUCCAGUUGACAUUCCAAUUGGUGAAUCUGAUGAGUCUCAGUAUUACAUAUCUCCAACUUUGAAGUUUGAACAGUGUUUGGUUAAAGGUUGCCACAAGAGACUUCGUAUUGUUCAUACCAUAGAAUUUAGCAAUGGAGGUUCAGACAUACAAAUACUAAGAGUUGCUGUAUAUGAAGAACAGUGGGCCAGUCCUGCAAAUCUUCAUUACGAAAGUGAUCUGGACUUUGAUGUGAAGCCAUUUUCUCAGCGGAAACGAACCCAUCCAUCUGAGCUGACUGGUUCCUGGAAGGUGUUUGAGGUGAGUGCCACACCAAUAUUUGACGAUGAGAUGCUGACACAGGAGAGCAAUGACACACCCUACGUAUACCUUUGCUCGGAAAGCUUGAAGAAAAGGAAUUCGCCUGAGAACCCAAUCCACUUUGGAGAGGAAGAUAUGCUAGACAUGCAGGAUGUAACCGUCCUUUGGCUGCCUGGUGGUGUCACUACAUAUGUUGAUGUCAACAACGAUGGCAUCCUUUGCAUUGGAGUUGGGUGGUACUCGGACGAGGGUAUCAACCUUGUUAUGGAAAGAGAUUAUGAGAUGGAUGGGAAGCUCAAAGAGGUGCGAUGCAAAUCGGAGGUUAGGAGAAGGUGGCCUGAUCCGCUGCCCUUGUAAAUUCACUCUGGAAGAUUGGUUAGUAGUGUCAAGAACAACUAUGGCUUGUAUGUUUGUUCAGAACAAUCAAAGCUCUUCUUGUAAGAGAAUGUUCAUAAGUGUGACAUGCAAAUAAUACUUACGAGAUUCCAAUCUUCCAAAGAAAAUUGAAGUUGUUGCCUUGAAAUUAAA